AUGGUGCUGGACCCGGGGGCGGCGGCGGGCGGAGGGCUGGGCGCCAGCGCCGCCCCGCGCCUUGCCGACCGCCAUGGCCCGCCGCUCUGCUCCUGCCCGUCCCCCCCGCCACCGGCACCCGCGCCCCGUUGCCCGCGGGGCACCCGGCGCCUGUCGGAAACCGGCGCCGGGCUGCGGCGGAACGAAAGCGCGGGGGGGCGCGGGGGGAUGCGGGCCGCCGCCUCCCUGCCCCACAUCGCGCGGGGACGGGGGGAGGAGGGGGGCGGGCGGCGGAGCCCCUGCCUGCUCGUGGCGCUGCGACCCCGGAACGUGGAGGCGGAACGGGAACGGUUCUUCCGUUCCAGCUUCGCCUACGACCCCCAGUUCGAGUACGCCGAGCCGGUACCCGCCGCCGUGCUGGAUAAAUACGGAGCCGCCUCCGAUCGCUUCGUGGCACAGGCGAUCAGGAUCAUUCGUGCCGUCCUGGAGAAGUACGGGACCUACGAGAGCUUUGAAGUCGCCACGGGCGGGAGGCUGCUGAGCAAGUGCCAGAUCUGGUCCGUGAUCCGAAAGUACAUGCAGAAGGAAGGCUGCGUGGGAGAGGUGGUGGUGCAGCUCACCGACGACCUCCUGUCGCAGGCGGUGAUGAUGGUGGAGGACAGCCGGCCGACGCUGGCCAUCAACAUGGCCGGAGCCCGGCAGCACUGGCUGGAGGGGAUGCUACGCCACGAGAUAGGCACCCACUACAUCCGGGGGGUGAACAACACCCGCCAGCCCUGGCACAGCUCCGAGGGCCGCAAGCAGUACAGCCUGAAGCCCGCCAACCCCACGGAGGAAGGCUUGGCCAGCCUGCACAGCGUCCUCUUCCGCAAGCAGCCCUUCCUGUGGCGGGCAGCCCUGCUCUACUACACCAUCGAGCGGGCCAGCCGCCUCUCCUUCUCCGCCCUCUUCCAGGACCUGGAGCAGUACGUCCAGGACGCCGGCGUCCGGUGGGAGUACUGCGUGCGGGCGAAGCGGGGCCAGACCGACACCUCGCAGCCAGGCUGUUUCAGUAAGGACCAGGUCUACCUGGACGGGAUUCUCCGCAUCCUGCGCCAUCGGCAGACCAUCGACUUCCCACUGCUGGCUGCGCUUGGAAAGGUCUCCUAUGAAGAUGUGAAUCGGCUGAAGAAAUUUGGGGUUCUGGAGAAAGCCCGCAUCCCUCAUUUCAUGCAGGACCUGGAGCGAUACAUGAAGCAGCUGGACCAUAUCGUCACCACCAAUGGCCUGAACGAGGAGGAGCUGGAGCAGCUGCUGCCCGACUGAGGGGCAAACACCCCCCCGCCUCCAAAACUGG